AUGUCCCACGAAACGUACCCGGGACGACGGGAAUCGCGUCGCCGGCUGCAUCGUUCUUCGGGCAUUUACAAUGUUAUGCCGCAAUCGCCGCAAGCCCACUAUCCUGAGGAUGUUUUACCUCUUGAGACAGAAAAAAACAUUGAGAGAUUUGAAGCGGUGGCUGAUGCGGUAAAGGAGCUAGAGUCCAACAUGACAGAUUUGGCACAGAUGCAUGCAGCGGUGAAUGGUGGGUUCAAUGAACCAUUUGCUGCGUUCCUCUAUGGGUUGUUGAUCACAAUGUUUUGCAACAACUUUCCAGGAUGCCCGACGCAGGCAGCAUUCGAAAGCAUCGCCAAAGUGCAGCGCGCACAGACUCACGUUGAAGAGCUUGAGAGGCGAGUGCAUCUCCUCCGUGACGCCAAUAAGAAGCUUCAGGACGAAGUUUCCUCAAAGAUCCUUGAACAAAAGACCAUGGCUAUCCGUAACGAAGUGCUAGCGCGUAAAACGCCUGCUCGCCGUGCUCCUCUCCACUCCGCUUCACGCGUUCCAUCCCUUCGACAUAGAAAGGUUCAAGUGGCCCAUGAUGAUACAUUUUCUACUACAGACUCGUUUAUAGAAACCCCUGCUGGACCCAAACAUGCGACGCGAAAGCCGCCUGUGCCCCGAUUCUCAAACUCUACAACUUUGGGCCAACCUCCACUGGAUUCGGAUGGGCCUAAUCUCAACCAGCCUCCUCGGUACAUGCGUGGACUUUUUGAUAAAACAAACACAAGCAAUGUGCGAAGAACAGAUUCCAAGCGGCCGCGGCCAGCUUCGACAAAAAACUCACGACUAGCAUCACGCCCUCCAUUCCGAUAG